AUGGCAAAAACUUACGACUAUUUAUUUAAAUUACUUCUUAUAGGUGAUUCCGGAGUGGGAAAAACAUCUAUAUUAUUUAGAUUCUCUGAGGAUGCUUUUAAUAUCUCAUUUAUAUCAACCAUUGGUAUUGACUUCAAAAUUCGUACAAUAGAUUUGGACGGCAAAAAAGUUAAAUUACAAAUAUGGGAUACGGCGGGUCAGGAAAGAUUCCGUACGAUUACAACGGCUUAUUACCGUGGUUCUAUGGGCAUUAUGCUAGUUUAUGAUGUUACAAAUGAGAAGAGCUUUGAAAAUAUUAAGAAUUGGAUUAGGAACAUUGAAGAGAAUGCAAGUGCGGAUGUUGAAAAAAUGAUUCUCGGCAAUAAAUGUGAUUUGGAUGCAAAGAGACAGGUUUCUAAGGAAAGAGGAGAACAAUUAGCUGUAGAAUAUCAGAUCAAAUUUGUAGAAACAUCAGCAAAAGAUUCUUUAAAUGUCGAAUAUGCUUUCUAUACAUUAGCGAGAGAUAUCAAAGCAAAAAUGGAGAAAAAGCAGGAGGCGAGUAACCCUGCGGGUGCUCGUUCAGGGACCCACCAGCUUCGUGAUGAGCGACCCAAGCCCACAUCCUGGCUGGCUCGUUGCUCUGUGCUCUGA